UCUGGACACUAGGUGAUGGAAUAUAAGAUGAAUGAGGUGACAGCAGGUCCACAAAAAGGAUACACAUUUGACAGUGCUCUCACUCUGCUGAAAUAUAAAGCUGUGUUCAUGCCACUAAACAUUAUAGCAGCCAUUGAGUUGUCAUCUUUGUGCAUGCCACGCUAUCUGGUCAAGGAAACCAUUGUACAAACUUGGAGAGUGGCACAAAAAGCAUCUUUUGAAAAGAAAAUGGCCGCCCAAAAAUUCAAACUUAAUGAUGUCGACUUUGGGGAUGUUUUUGAAAAUUAUACAUACUCUGCUGACUACAGUAUUCUCCCAGACAUGUCACCCUGUACACCCAUGGUAAACAGGUCAAUCAACACGGCAAUUGCAAUUGUCUAUGCCCUGGUUUGUUUCCUCGCUAUGGCAGGGAACAUGGUCGUAAUGGUUGUCAUACUUUACAAUCGACGCACAAUAUCAUCCACAGAUAUCUUCCUGCUUCAUCUGGCAGUGGCCGAUCUGCUCUUUGCCGUGACCCUACCUUUUUGGGCAGUGGAUGCCAUAUCUGGCUGGGUGUUUGGUGAUGCCAUGUGUAAGAUCAUCAGCAUGUUACAGGAAGUUAACUUUUACAGUGGGAUUCUGUUGUUGACUUGUAUCAGUAUCGAUCGCUAUCUGUCUAUUGUCUACUUCUCACAGACCCACAAACAGAAGAGACCAUUUCUAAUCAAGCUGGUCUGUGUUGCUGUUUGGGUGGUGGCUUUUGUUCUGUCUUUACCAAUUCUGUACAACGGCAAAUACACAUAUUCUGGCCAUAUCGUGUGUUAUGAGAUACUUGAAGGUGAAUUGGCUGAAACAUGGAGAAUAACCACCAGGUUUUUGCGGCACUUUAUUGGGUUCCUCAUUCCACUGACUGUUAUGAUCUUCUGCUACAGUGUGAUGAUCCAGAAGCUGUGUCAAAUGAAGGGAUUCAGGAAACAAAAAGCCAUGAAGGUCAUUACAGCUGUGGUGCUUGCUUUCCUCAUUUGUUGGCUGCCAUACAAUAUUACUGUGUUCAUUGACACACUGAUGAGGAGCAAACUCAUUGAUGAAACUUGUGACAUGCGCAAUCAUAUCGACAAGGCUCUGUCUGCAACUCAGAGUUUGGGGUUCCUGCACAGCUGCAUUAAUCCAAUCCUAUACACAUUCAUUGGGGUGAAAUUCAGGAGGAAUGCGGUCAAAUUCUUUGUUAAGAAAGGAAUCAUUAAGCAAACCAUCAUGUCAAAGCAUAGGAGGUCUGUAGGUUCCGUCACUGAAUCUGGACUUAUUUCAACUAGCAACUACGGUGCUUCUGAUGGAAAUAUCAGGACAGUCAGUGAGUCAGCAGACAAAAAACAUGAAGGAAUUAAUAGACAAAGUUGCUGUGAACUAAAACAUUGAGUAACAGUGCUGUAGAGGUUUCAGUUUUGAGCAUAGUAGCUAGGAUACACCACAUGUUCAGCAGAUCAUAUUAAGGGUUGUAGGGUUAAAUGAUGAGGAUAGGCUGCAAGAACUUGGCUUGUACUCUGUUAAGCUAAAAGGCUGAGGGCGAUCUAAUUAAGGUGUUUAAAUGGUAAAGGGAUUCAGUAGGAUGAAGACAGAGAAGAUAUUUGAUAGGGGAAUCCAGAACAAAGGAAUGUAAUCUUAAAAUUACAGCCAGGAUAUUUAGGAAUGAACUGAAGAACCACAUUUUCACACAACAGAUAGUGGAACUCUCUCCCCUGAAAAGGCUGCAGAUCAAUUGUAUCGGGGGAUACAGAGGAAAGACAGAUAAAUGGACCUGAGGCCUAGAUUAGUGAUAAUCUAACAAUAAUGGAAGAAGCUUGAAAAGCCGAAUGGCCAAUUCCUGUUCCUAUGCUAUAUACAGUAUUUGUUAUUUUACCAUUCUGUGAAGUUUGAAUGAUAAUAUUUGUAUAAAAAAAAUCAUAUAUCACUGUUAGAUUAUUUGAGUAUUCAUUUUUAUUUAAUAAAUUCACUUUGUGUUUAUACUUUAAAAAA